AUGGCUGUGUCCCCCAGGAUGGGCACGUUCGUGACCCUGGCGGAGGUGCUGGAGGCCCGGGGGUCACCUCUGGAGGAGGAUGAGGUAUGGUGUCUGCUUCUGGGCACUGCCGAGGCCUUAACGGACAUCUCCCACAAAGGUACCUGGACACAUUUAUAUCCCUUUCCUGACCCAUGAUAAUACCCACUGGCAGUUGCUAAAAUGACCUUUUGAUCUUAAAGGGAUUGUUCAUGGCCCAUUAAACAUUUGUCAGAUGUUUUCAGACCUCAAAAGUGGUCUAAUGUUGAGCUGAGUUCAUAAUCCAUGACUUCUGUUUUUAUAUGCAUCUUUAUGCAUUAGAAGAAAUAUGCCUCAAGCCCGAAACGUAUGGGAAAGAUAGGAACCACCAUAUCAUAUCAUGCUCUACUUCUAACGUCUGACGAACUUAGAUUUUUGGAGUGAAUUAUUCCUAUAGCCAUGCAGACAUGCAAGUUAAUAGUAUGGCUUUUGUCUUUGUCUUGUCGUUAGGUCCUGGUAACAUGUGCAGUGUACUGAGCCCUGGCUCUAUGUUGCUGUCAGCCCGUGGGAACCUUGCCUUUAAGAGCUGUGCCCGGUCAGGGGACCUGGGCUCCUUCACUGCUCCAGAGGUACAGGAGGGCCACGUUGCCUCCAACAGGACAGCCUCGGAAAAGGUUGUUCAAGAAAUCCUGAUCUUAGUGUAAUCGUAAUAGUACUACAUGUAUUUUAUAUAGAACUUCUCAUUACAAGUAGAAUUUCAAAGUCGCUUUAAAAACAAAAUAAACAAAAAACAAUAAAAUAAAUUGUAUCUCACUACUACUAGCAUGGUUCCAGAUCUGUCUGUGCUGUCUUGUAAACCCCUAUGGUCAUUGGUGUGACAUCUCACCGCUGUUUUGGCUUUUGACUUUUGGUUUUACAUGAAUUCCUCUGGAAGGAUUUUACUCAUUUUUCUUUUGGGUUUUCUUCAGAUGGUUGUAUAUUCCCUAGGAAUGACCCUCUACUGGUCCGUUGAUUAUCAACUACCUCAAAACCAGCCCAUUCAGCUGAGUGACAAACUGAACAACCUGUUGCUGAGUAUGUGUGAGGACAUGGCCCAGAGACGAGCGGAUCUCGUGACUGUGCUGGAGACCUGUGACCAGCACAUCAAGACUGCUCAACUGCCCCCACCAGAGAAGCUCAUCAAACAGCUAGUAGAAGAUGUGUUCAGGGACUCUGUGAGUUCACCCACAUUCCCUUUGGCUUAGGCAAUGCACCUGUAGUCAGUAUAGCUAUCACUGUACCUACCUGGCUGUUGUGUAUGCAAAAACCUGCUCUACAGUUAUACAUUUGGCAGUCAUACGUAAGUCAUCAACUCUUCAUCUUGUCCAUUUGUUAUCGAGAAGCUCAAAUUGAGAUCGGUCCCAGUUUGGUAUAGGCCUACACACAAAAGCAUCCAUUGAAGCAGUGGGGGAGACAUUAUGAAUUAAUUAACUCAAGCUGUUAUCUCUGUCUGUCUUCGUUUUCGAUGAGGCUAAUACCACAGCACCCCGCUGGUUUCUUAGUGAUGUAUACUAAAGCGUGCCAGGGUCACCCUACACUCCAUGUGCCGUCCAGCAUGCUGACACUAUAAGGUCAAAGUUCCUAGAAAUACAUUGGCCUCCAUAUUGUGACACUACGGACUCUUGGCUGGCUGAACCUCUAUCUCGGCUGCAAUCUAAAGCUGGGUUUCAAUUAUUUUAAUUGAGUUAAUUUGUGACAUACGGUUAUUUUUAAGGAUAGGUCCGUGCAACUUUUGUAAUUCAGUAGCUGUAAUUCUAUUGGGUUUUCUAGGUCGAUCACGUGUCCAUGGCUGAGAAUGGUCCUCAGCUUACUGACCGGAGUCAGAUGGUCAGAGAGAGGCUUCACAGUCUCUCAGGAAGUGCCUCGCACCAUAACUCUACCUGGGCACUGAGAAACAGAAGCGCCUCAACAUUCCAAGCCAAGCUCAGCAGAGGGUAAGAACCUGGCCGGCACAUUUCAAACAACAAAGGAUCAUUCUGACCGCAAUACAUAGUAUCAGCUUUACAAAUAUAGUUUUUUUUUUUUAAAGGGAUAGUUCACCCAACAGCCUGUGGAUAAUAAAUUAAAGAAUCCAUGUAUUGUCUUUUUUUAUUCCAGAAUUGCCCAGGGGUUACGUCACAGAGAGAGUUACUGCAGCUAUCAGUCCCGUAACCCCUGUAGCCCUUACCUGGAUGGCUUUCGCCGUGGCAGCAUUAGACCUAUACCAUACGUGUAUCUGAACGAGUCCACUGUCAGUCUUAAUGAAAAGAAAGCCAAGGUAUGAUAUCAUAGAGAGUCGUGUGACAUUUUGGGUUGAAAUAUCAGAACAUACACUAUAUAUACAAAAGUAUCUGGACACCCCUUCAAAUUAGUGGAUUUGGCCCUUGCAGCCACUCCCGUUGCUGACAGGUGUAUAGAAUCAAGCACACAGCCAUGCAAUCUCCAUAGACAAACAUUGGCAGUAGAAUGGCCUUACUGAAGAGCUCAGUGACUUUCAACGUGGCAUCCACCUUUCCAACAAGUCAGUUUGUAAAAUUUCUGCCCUGCUAGAGCUGCCCCGGUAAACUGUAAGUGCUGUUAUUGUGAAGUGGAAACGUGUAGGAGCAACAACACCUCAGCCGCAAAGUGGUAAGCCACACAAGCUCACAGAAUGGGACCGCCGAGUGCUGAAGCGUGUAGCGCGUAAAAACCAUCUGUCCUCGGUUGCAACACUCACUACUGAGUUCCAAACUGCCUCUGGAAGCAACGUCAGCACAAUAACUGUUCGUCGGGAGCUCCAUGAAAUGGGUUUCCAUGGCCGAGCAGCCGCACACAAGCCUGAGGUCACCAUGCGCAAUGCCAAGCAUCGGCUGGAGUGGUGUAAAGCUCGCCGCCAUUGGACUCUGGAACAGUGGAAACGCGUUCUUUAGAGUGAUGAAUCACACUUCACCAUCUGGCAGUCUGAUGGACUAGUCUGGGUUUGGUGGAUGCCAGGAGAACGCUACCUGCCCCAAUGCAUAGUGCCAACUGUAAAGUUUGGUGGAGGAGGAAUAAUGGUCUGGGGCUGUUUUUCGUGGUUCGGGCUAGGCACCUUUGUUCCAGUGAAGGGAAAUCUUAACGUUACAGCAUUCAAUUACAUUCUAGACAAUUCUGUGCUUCCAACUUUGUGGUAACAGUUUGGGGAAGGUCCUUUCCUGUUUCAGCAUGACAAUGCCCCCGUGCACAAAGCGAGGUCCAUACAGAAAUGGUUUGUUGAGAUUGGUGUGGAAGAACUUGACUGGCCUGCACAGAGCCCUGACCUUAACCCCAUUGAACACCUUUGGGAUUAAUUGGAACGCCGAAUGCGAGUCAGGUCUAAUCGCCCAACAUCAGUGCCCGACCUCACUAAUGCUCUUGUGGCUGAAUGGAUGCAAGUCCCCACAGCAAUGUUCCAACAUCUAGUGAAAAGCCUUCCCAGAAGAGUGGAGGCUGUUAUAGCAGCAAAGGGGGGACCAACUCCAUGUUAAUGCCCAUGAUUUUGGAAUUAGAUGUUCAACGAGCAGGUGUCCACAUACUUUUGGCUACGUAGUGUAGUUCUUAAUGUUUCGCUCUUUAUAUCUGCAGGAUAUGGGUCCCGAGUUUAUUCGAAUGUUAGACGAGCCACUGGUUGUCUUGGAGCUGCCCGGAUCCAUUGUGGUAAUUAUGACUUUUCAUCAUCAAGAGCUCCAUCACCAAAUGCUUUUUUACAUCAUCCCAACUGUCACCAGCCUGCCUUUAUAUUAAUCACUAUCUUUCUGCCUGUCAAUCCAGUCAAAGAAAGGGAAGUCUCCCUCCACUAUGAGGGAACUGAGUGUGGUCAUGCCAAACGGACAGAGCAUCCUGGUCAAGUGUGACGUCAAGUCAGGAGGCGGGGAUGUCUUUAAUAUGAUUGUUGCCCACUCCAACCUGGUUGAACACUUCUACUUCGGCCUUGCUUACAUUGAUGGUAAUUUACCAGUAUUAUACUGUAUGUAAUUUACUGUAAAUAAUUCACUGUGGUGUUUUGUUUUGAAUGGCUAUUGUCUAACAUUUCCUCUACCUGCUGAUUUGUCGUUGUUUAACUACAGUUCUGAAAGAGUUAUAGGUGGUCUUUAUGUGGUUCAUGUGUUAAACAUGUCACUCUUCUUCAUCUUGUCUCGGUUUUUAGAUAAUGAGUUUUUCUUCCUGGACAAUGACACAAAGAUAUCCAAGGUUGCCCCCGAGAGUUGGAAGAAAGUGCCUACCUCCACGUUUGUCCUUUUCUUCAGGGUCAAAUUCUUUGUCCACGACAUCUCUCUCCUUUUGUAAGUUCAGUACGACACAUCCUCUUAUGCUCACACUGUGUUGUAUUGAAGGACUAUAGAAUCCAUAGAGGUCAGGCAAUAUUGCAGAUAGUCCACCGCUUUCUCUAUGUAAGCAUAUUGUGGUUUUGUGACUGGCGUUUUUGGCAGGCACAAACUGACUCGUCACCAGUACUACCUACAGCUGAGGAAAGAUAUACUGGAGGACAGGUUGGCCUGCCAUGAAGAGACAGGCCUUUAUCUGGGUGCCUUGGCUCUCCAAGCAGAGUAUGGAGACUGCAUGCCUGAGGUGUUUUUUAUAUUUUAUUUUAGUUAUAUGGUUAUGAAGUAUCUUUGAUAUGCUGUAUCACACAAUUGUCACGUGAUUGGUCAAGGUCUAGGUGGAUUUAACUGCAUACUUAAAUAUCAAUUACCUUGUUCAUAUUUCGUUAUAUUAGCUCUGAAAAUGUUAUAGUUGAGUGAUGACUAACUUUGUCUGGUCUUUUCUAAAGGUUUAUGGGAGGAACUACUAUCGCCCAGACCAGUACGUUGCCAAAAGCAUCAUGGAGAAAAGAGCCUUGCCUUACCUAAAGGAGGAGUUGCUACAGUUACAUGCCAAUAACUCCACGAUGAGUACCGACGAGUCCGAGCUUGAGUUCCUCAAGGUAACAUGAACCAAUGUGUCACGCCCUGGCUCUGGGGACUCUUAAAUGUUGAGCCAGGGUGUGGAUUUUUAUUGUUUAGUUUUCUAUGUUUUAGUUUCUCGAUCGUGGUGAUCUAUGUUGGCCAGGGUGGUUCCCAAUCAGAGGCAGCUGUAGCUCGUUGUCUCUGAUUGGGGACCAUACUUAGGCAGCCUGUUGGCACCAGUUAGAUGUGGGAUCUUGUUCCGGAAAGGUUUGUUGUGUUAUAACCUCAGGACUUCACGUAUCGUUUGUUUGUUGUUUUGUUCGUGAGUUAAGUACAAAUAAAGAUGUACACUUACCACGCUGCGCCUUGGUCCAUGUCUUCCAAUAACGAUCGUGACACAAUGAAAACACUCCAUAGAGUUCUACGGUUAUAUUAACGUUAUUAAUUCCAUACUCAGUGGACUGAUAUUUGAAUCAUUACACCAAAAGGCUGUGGCACCUGCACAGUGCAUUAAAGGUGAACAUAUGGUAAUACUAUAUAGUACACGUUUGGCUUGUAUUCUUAGCCCUUGCGGGAAGCUUGCGUGUUGGCAGUUCCCGGUUUCCACUAGAUUCCACAGCACGUCAUAAUAUCAUAACAAUUCAUGAAAACAAAAUGUGCUUCCUGGUCUUAAUUUAAGGUUAGCAGUGUGGUUAAUGUUAGGAUUAAGGUUAUGGUUAAAGAGAAAUUGUAGAAACAAGCAUGGUUUAUGACUUUGUGGCUGUGGAAGCUAGCGAUGACCCAGUUCUAACGACUAACUUCCUUCCCAGGCCACCCAGCAGCUUCCUGAGUACGGCGUUCUGUUCUACCGCGUGGGCCACGAGAAGAAGCCAGUCAUCGGAGAGCUGAUCCUAGGAGUGUGUGCCAAAGGAGUCAUAGUGUAUGAGGUUAAAGAUAGCUCCCGCUCCACAAGUCAGACAUUCCACUGGCGGGAAACAAACAGUAUCUCCUCCUCUGUGAGUAUUAUGCCUUUUUAGAUCAUGCAAAACUAUCACGUUUUAGGGAAGACCCAGAUGCAGACAGUGUCGAAGUAACAAAAGUGUAUUACUAGAACAGGGGGCAGGCAGGCUCAGGGUCAGGGCAGGCAGAAUGGUCAAAACCGGGAAAACAGGAAUUUGAAAAAGACAGGAGCAAGGGGGAAACCGCUGGUAGGCUUGACGAGACAAGAUGAUCUAGCAACAGACAAACAGAGAACACAGGUAUAAAUACACUGGGGAUAAUGGGGAAGAUGGGCAACACCUGGAGGGGGGUGGAGACAAUCACAAAGACAGGUGAAACAGAUGAGAGUGUGACAAAAACUCUUGUUUAUUUACAUUUAAAGUGGCACGCCAGUCUCCAUUUCACCUCAUUUAACACCUGAUUUACUUAACAAAAGGCACAUCUCAAUAGGUGGUCCAGGUAUCCUCAUGACAUGGCAGUGGACCUUUCCUCUUUUGUUCUCUAUUGCUCCUCUAUUGUUCCUCAAGCAAGUGGGAGGCCGAUGACAUCAUAUUUGACCAUCAGACCAACUCCUUGAAUGGCCUACUCCUUGAAGUUUUCAGUUGUGUUUAAAAUGACACUAUUAUGCACAAAACAUUUUUGUUUUACCCUUUAGUGUGUGUAUUUAUAUUUCAGCUGUAAAAGUUUUAAAAAAUCGCUAGAGGACGUCUUUCAAAUUGACUUCUAAACCUUUAACAUUUUCCUUGGAAUAGCACUUUAAUAAAUGGAGCUGAGGAAUAUUGGAAGUGUCACGCGAUGUGUAUGCGGUCAGCGAAGUCAAACGCAGGACACAGAGCGGCUGGCAACGUACUUUUACUGAACACAGUAAAUCUCGUACAAAAACAACAAACCUUCAAACAGGGAGGAAAACACAAUAACCCGUACACCAAAGCAACUGCCGGAAUGACAAAGAACAAUCACACACAAUACCCAAUAAGAGACAGGGGGUAAUAUAGGGAAUACAAUACAACAUAAUGGGAAACAGGUGAAAACAAUAAAGACCAAACAAGACAAACACCGAAACAUCGAUCGGCAGUAGCUAGUACUCCGGGGACGACGAACGCCGAAGCCUGCCCGAGCAAGGAGGAGGAGCAGCCUCGGCUGAAGUGAAUAUAAUUGAAUAUAAAGUGUUUGUUUUGCCAGUGAAUUUUGCAGCUAUUGUUGUUUUGCUGGCUAGUUAUGUCUGUAAUUGCCUUAACCCCUCCUUGCUCUCUGUCCCACCACAGUACCGGAAAUUUGUCAUUGAGAGCAGAGGGAGUAAGAAAAAGCACACCUUUGUCACAGAGAGAUCCAAGACGGCCACGUACCUGUGCAACCUCUGCUCUGCCCAGCACAAGUUUCACAAUGAGAUGAACUCUCGCCAGCUCGGCCACAGUCUGGCCUCAGGUCAGAACAUUUUAUUAUGACAUCAUAACUGGUAAAGUCACAUGGUCAAGAAAAAAACUCCUGGCCCAAACUAUAACCACUACUACAUUCCUGUUAAUAGUGUCCCAGGGACAGCUUGUUCGGAUUCUAUACAGUGUGUGUCCUGUUCUUGGUGAAUCUUUUUUGCCAGAUUCUUCAGCCAUACACAGUAUAUAGCUUAUAAACUAUAUAUCCCGCUAAUGUACCAUGUGGGUUUAUUGAUAGGCCAAACAGGGAAACUUCUGGAUCUUGGGAGUAUAGCACAGUUAUUGGAUCUACAUUUACACCUAUCUUGAUUUCACUGUAGCCACCUUUGACCAACCUUGAUUUGAACUAAAAAGCUUUUUCUCUUUUCAGAGGACAACAUAGUUCAAUACGCAGCAGUGUGUCGGGCACAGAACAGCCAGAUGAACAGCCGGAUGAACAACCAGAUGAACAGCCGUAUGAACAGGUACUCUGAGACCGUACUGACAGACAGCGGUCUGACCACACCGCAGGAUGGCUCCAUGAACAAACUGUGUGAUGACAUCGCGGCCAAGAUCGAGGCGCGGAUCAAACAGCAGCGUGUCCUCCACGAGCAGGGGUAGGAGUGAUGGAGAGCAUACCCACUGGGCACAGACACCGGUUCAACAUCUAUUUUUGAAUUACAUUUGGUUGAGUUGUCAACUAACGUGAAUUCAACGUGAAAUCAACAAAAAAAUGCACCAUGUCUUUGGAUUUAGGUUAAAAGUUGGGUGAAAAAAAAUAUAUAUGUCCUUUACGUUGAUGACUUCUUGCAAAUUCAAUCAGUUUUCCAUGUUGAUUUAACGUCAUCACAUUGAUUUAUUUUGUUGAAAUGACGUGGAAACAACGUUGAUUCAACCAGUUUUUGCCCAGUGGGUAAAGUACCCUUCUCUGUAUUAUUUCUUUCUAUAUACAGUACUGUACAUUCCUUUGCAUUUAAUUGAUUUUAUCUUUGAAGUAUUUCUAUAUGUCAUUUAUUAUUAUAUUAUAUUAUAUUAUGAUUUAUUAUAUCAUUUCUCCCUGUAUAAUUUCCAGCAGAAGGAGACCAUUGCCUGGGAACCUGUCUCCAGCCCUGUCUCGUGGGUCUGGGAAGUGUGGGUCAGAGGCCAACCCCAUGUCCUCAGCAGGAAGAGGUAUGGAUAGAUGAUCAGCUCCUAAGAAAAUUAACCUCUUAACACUGGGUAAUCAGGGAUCAAGUGUUGACAUUCUGGAAGCAUUCCAAAGCCGAGCACUGUGCGGAAGACAUCUAGCGGCGGUACUUUUGUCAACAUAUGUUUUUGUUUUGUUCAAUAGAUACCCAAACGAAGAGUGUCAUAACAGAGAGGGAAGUCAUUUGUGUGUCCUUAAAGAAAGACCCGAAGCUCGGCGUCGGUAAGUUCAUCGCUUACAACUUUGAGUCAUAUAUCCAUUAAAGGAUAUGUUAUAGAGUAGAAUUGAAUUGAAAAGUCAUAGUUUCAGAGCCACCCUUUUAUCUAUUCAGGUGUUGUGAUAGUUGGAGAAGACACAGUGGGGAAGUACGACCUUGGUAUCUUCAUAGCAUCCAUCGUGCCGGGAGGACCAGCGGAUAAAGAUGGCCGCAUCAGACCUGGUAGGUGACCAGGUUCUAUUUCCGGGCUUCUCCUCACAAAGUUCACACCGGAUUAUGACGUCUGGGUACAUUUGUGAACAAUAGCCUUGCAUGCCAGGUUUCUUUUUUAAGCUCUCAUGUGAGCUUUUCUCUUGAUACUCUGCUGGUUAAUUAAUCAUGAAUAGGGCCCUAUCUACACUCUUAGAAAAACAGUUGCUAUCUAGAACCUUAAAGGGUUCUUCAGCCAUCCCCAUAGGAGAACCCUUUGAAUAAACCUUUUUGGUUGCAGGUAGAACCCUUUUGGUUCCAGGUAGACCCCUUUUGGGUUCCAUGUAGAACCUGUUCUACAGAGGGUUCUACAUGGAACCUAAAAGGGUUCUACCUGAAACCAAAAAGGGUUCUACCUGGAACCAAAAAGGAUUCUCCUAUGGGGACAGCCGAAGAACCCUUUUGGGACAGUUUUUUUUCGGAGAGUAGAUGCAACCCCCAGUCUCCUUUCUUAUCCCUAUUUCUAUGGUGUUUACAGAUCUGAAGGAAUUGGAUGGGGGCUAAGGGUACAGGUUGAUUCUGGACCAGGACUAGAUGGACACCAACAACAUGAUUAUUCUUAUUUAUUCAUAUUUACAUGAAAUGUUGUGGUGAUGUUCUCCCUCAGGUGGGCGUCUGAUCUCUCUGAACCACACCAGUCUGGAGGGUGUGACCUUCAGUGAGGCUGCAGAGGUCAUGCAGAACAGCCCACAGGAGGUCACACUCAUCGUGGCCCAGCCCAAAGGUACUGGAUGUGCGUAUAUGUCUCUGCUCUGUUCAGGCUCAUUUACAUUUAGUGAUAAACUAUAUUUUUUAAGUAGACUGGCUUUUCAGCUAGAUGUUUUAGAUAGAGCUCCAAAUGCUUAGGUUACUGGGAUUUUACAUUUUUGUCCUCUCUGGAUCAUCACUACAUACAUGGCCAGACUUUCGUUCUAACUUUUAUUACAAUGUGGAUUUGUUUUUGUGUUUUGUUGUUGUUUUUUUACAGUUUCCUCGACACCCAACAACAUGAGAUCUCUGCUAUUGAAGAACUACGAGUCCCAGACCAAUUUGAUGACUGACGUGCGCUCUGGGGAGGACGACCUGGAUGAGAUCGUGUCUGUCAUGUUGACCCCAAAGACUGGCAGUAGACUGCAACUCCCUGAUGUACGCAUUCUCAACGCUCAGGUAACCAAUGGUUAUACUCUACAUACUGCAUGUGCUAAGAUUGGGGAACAAUUGUAUUGAUUUUGUACACAAACAAGACAACGAACAUUAGCAAUCAACUCCACAUAAUGUCAAUUAAAUUAAAGAAUAGAAACAACUACAAUACAAUCUGGCCUUUUUUGUGAAUUGUAUCAUUAAUCUUAAUUUUAUCAUGAACUCUUAUUCCCUAUCUAUUUUCCAGGACGCCUGCUCCAGGUCUCCUUGCACAAACUGCUUCAGGAGUGAUGAGAUCUUCGUAGAGCUGAAGAAGAAAGCUGGAGGUGGCUUAGGGAUCAGUAUCGCUGUGAGUUAACUCACCAACCCUGCUAUUUCAUUAGGGAUCAGUAUUGCUGUGAGUUAACUCACCAACCCUGCUAUUUCAUUAGGGAUCAGUAUCGCUGUGAGUUAACUCAACAGCCCUGCUAUUUCAUUAGGGAUCAGUAUCGCUGUGAGUUAACUCACCAACCCUGCUAUUUUACGCCUAACUCCCUAUGAUAGUGCUAGAAAUUACUGUUAUACACAUGAUAUAACCUCACACUCCGGCCAGAGAAGCCAUAGAGAACAUUUCCCACCCAAUACCCCAAGAGAGGGUCAGAAACCCCCCCAUUUCCUCCUCAACAUCUGAUUUGAGAUCAGUGAUCUCACACCAUUGUAGGAAAAGGGUUUAUUUUACUGGUCGGUGGUACUACAGGGGGAUGGACCUACUGUAUUUAAGUCUAUGGGAUGGACAAAUUCGUCUGGACAGGAAGUCAGCUGCUCCUGUGUCUCUGGGUAAUCCCUUAGACCCCUGGGGUUAAUCACCUUGGAGGGGCUGAAGCUGGACAUGCUAGAGCCUGCAGUUUGGAGCCUUCCUGCUUACUGGACAGUACAGUAGGCUAUGAGAGGAGGGGGGAGGGAGGAGAGAGAGAGAGGGGGGGGGGGGGAAGGGAGAGAGAGGGGGGGGGGGGAGAGGAGAGACAAGGGAGAGAAGGAUAGAGAGGGAGGGAGGGAGGGAGGGAGGGCGGGGGGAGAGAGAGAGAGAGAGAGAGAGGGAGGGAGGGAGGGAGCGGAGGGAGGGAGGGAGGGAGGAGGGAGGGAGAGGCCGCAGAGAAAAGGAGGAGUCCCAGCCUACCGAGACAUCAUGAAGAUGCCUGUUAAUUCUCAUUUGGCCUGACUGGGAUUCGGAUGAUGUGAAGGGGGAUCAGGGAUGAGAGCAUACCACACCACACGCCUGUUGUGUCUGUUGGCAAACAUUCUAUUUGUUUACCCCCUCCGUGUGAGAGACAGAGAGACAGAUUGUAAGAUUUUAUAACCCAAUAAACCCACAUUAUUCCUUUUAAUCUUGACUCCUCCCUCUCUCAUAGCAGCCUGAGGGCUCUAUUUUCGGCUGGCGUUAAGCCAGUGUAAUUGUCAAACGCACGCCCUAGUAAAACCGCCGCUCUUCUGUUUUCAAACCCUAGCGCCAGGAUUGGUCAUUUAGAUGUCUUAUAUGAGCUCGCUUGCGCUGAGGUGGGCAGGGUGGCAAAAUCUGAGGUGUGUCCUUAAAAACGUGCCCCAAAAUGCAGAUUUCAGGCAGCACUGGUGGGGAUAUUUAAGACUAACCAAAAGCUGGUCUUAGCGGUAACAUGGUUGGUUAUGGUGUGGAUUUUGACAGUGGAAACACAGCCUAUCCAGCCGUGAUGCACAGUGCCCAUAUGCACAUGGAACAAGAGCGAUGUGCUUUUUGUGCCCGUAAACCUUGUAUUUAGAAACAUAAAAAAAUGAUGUUUGAUUAAAAACCAAUCACAGUCUCCCCUCCUCUCAAUGAAGACUGCUUUUUUUCCUUCGCCAAGUAGUCAAGAGGAUCAGAAAAGGGUUUGCCUCGUGAGACCACAUACAGUCAUUCUUAAAUCACCAAAGCUUUAUUAAAAGAUUGUUAAUUUGUAUCUAUGUAGGCUACUGAACAUUAUUUUAACCAGCUCCUGUUAUGGUUUUUGGCUUUAAAAACCCUCCCUGUAUCCUACUGUAUAUGCCCAUCAUGAAACUAGAGAUGAGAUGAUCCGGUGACACUCGUAUUUAGAAACAUUGAAGUUAUUUUCCUGUAACAAUUGCUUGUUUUCCAUUUCGUAAAAAAUUAAUAAUAAUCCUUUAUAGGCUACCCUUACCCUACUAUAACUAAAGCUGGUUCAAUAACGUGUCUGGUGUCUUAUCCUGACCAUGCAUUAUCCAAGUAGCCUAGCCAUAAAAGGUUUAUACAUGGUCUACUCGUGAGGCUUUUGCCAUCAUGCUUUUGCAUUUUUCACCAUUCACAUAGGCCUACCUGCAGUGCGAACUCCAUUCGACUUGUAUACAUCCCCAUUUCCAAAGAGCGCCGGUUACCAAAGACUGGCUGCUCCAAACUUAUUUAAAUUAUUCAGUCAGAUAAGGCCAUAUCAAUGGUAGGCCUAGGUUAUAUCUUGCUUAUUGAGAACGUGCUUCACACAUACAAUACAAUUUACGGUAGUCUAGUAUGUUUUAUUUCUGUCACGGUUUCGGCCGAGGCUGCCUCUCUCCCUUGUUCGGGCAGGCUUCGGCGUUCGUUGUCUCCGGAAUACUAGCUGCCACCGUUGUAUGUUUCAUGUUCGUUUGCUUUUGUCUGUUUGUUGUGACACCUGUUCUCGUUUAGCGUAAUUAGUGUCCUAUAAGUUUCUCGUUGUGUUUGUCUAGUGUUGUGUGUUAUUGAUUUUGGUCUGUCGUGUGUAGGGCUUAUGUUCGCUAUUUCGCUCGGUUGAGCUUUCCUCCACUGCGUUGGAGUGUUACGCACCUGUUAGUGCGCUUUUUUGUUUAUUCACCUUCGUGCGUAAUUUUUGCCUUCGGGCAAGUCGUGUCAUAUUUUCCUGUUUGGAGAUUGACUAAAGUCUGUUGGACUAUCCUUCGGUGUUCUGCGUUUGAUUCCACCACUACACCCACCUACAGCACGCGUGACAGAAUAACACACCAUAAAUGGAAUCAGCAGGAGCCGCAGCAGCCCAGACGACGCUGGAGGACCAGGUCCGGGAACAACGGGACCAGAUCCUGCAGAUGGGGACCGCACUGCAGGAGGUGAUCACCACCAUCCGAGGCUGGGGAACGCCUCCACCGCCACCCUCCCUGCCAGCACCAUCGGCCAGUCCGCCCAUUCCCGCACCGGAACCCCGAGGAGUCCGACUCUCGCUCCCGAGGGCCUACGAUGGGACCGCGGCCGGGUGUCAGGGAUUCCUUCUCCAGGUGGAGCUGUACCUGGCCACCGUGCACCCGGCGCCCUCGGGACAUGAGAGCGUGUCCGCCCUGAUCUCCUGCCUUUCCGGGAAGGCAUUGGAAUGGGCCAACGCGGAGUGGAGGAGGAUCGACGCGGACACCAUCACGUACGACGAGUUCUCCCGCCGCUUCAGGGCGGUGUUUGACCAUCCCCCGGAGGGGAAAGCGGCGGGGGGAGCGUCUGGUCUUCCUCCGGCAGGGGAGGAGGAGUGCCCAGGAGUUCGCCCUCGAAUUCCGUACUCUAGCGGCAGAUGCAGGGUGGAAUGAUCGGGCUCUCGUCGAUCACUACAGAUGUAGUCUACGAGAGGACGUCCGUCGGGAGCUGGCCUGUAGGGACACCAGCCUCUCGUUCGACCAGCUGGUCGACAUGUCCAUCAGGCUGGAUAACCUGCUAGCUACCCGCGGACGUCCCGAGGGGGGGUCCGUCCAUUUCACCCUCCAGCGCCUCCGAGCCGUGCCCCAUGGAGCUCGGGGGCGCUGGCGCUAGAGAGAGGAGGGGUCGGCUUACUAGGGGGUCCAUCUCCUGCACCAACUGUGGUCGGGGAGGACACACCGCGGCUAGGUGCUGGGGAUGGCCUCCUAGGGGAGAGGACGACAGGUCCCGCACUGGGGAUUCCUUCCAGGUGAGUAGGCGCCCCACUCACCCAGAGCUCUCUGUUGCACAUUUCUGUAUACCUGUGAGUUUUCCACAGGUAGCACCUCAUUCCCAGCAUAAGGCGCUGGUAGAUUCAGGCGCGGCUGGGAAUUUUGUUGAUAAGAAGUUUUGUUUAGCCUUAGGGAUUCCCCUUCUUCCUGUUGAUGUCCCUUUCCCCGUUCAUGCCCUAGAUAGCCGUCCGUUGGGUGCGGGCUUGAUCAGGGAGGUCACUGCGCCACUUAGGAUGUGUGCGCAGGGGGGUCAUCAGGAGAUGAUUCAGCUAUUUCUGAUUGACUCGCCUGCGUAUCCGGUGGUGCUGGGCAUGCCCUGGUUGAGUACCCAUAACCCAUUUAUUUCGUGGCAGGAGAGGGCUCUGAUGGAGUGGUCUGCCCAGUGUGUGGGUCGAUGUUUGGGCGUUUCCGUAGGGGCUACCUCGGUGGAGAGUCCAAACCAGGUGCCCGCAUUGCACGUUCCCCCUGAGUAUGGGGAUUUGGCCAUCGCGUUUAGUAAGUCGAGGGCGACGCGGUUGCCACCCCAUAGGCAGGGAGAUUGUGCGAUAGACCUCCAGGCAGGAGCUGCGCUCCCACGGAGCCAUGUGUAUCCUCUGUCUCAGGAGGAGAAGAAAGCUAUGGAGACUUACAUAGACGAAUCUCUGAGACAAGGAUACAUACGGCCUUCCACUUCCCCUGCGUCCUCGAGUUUCUUUUUUGUGAAGAAGAAGGAUGGGGGUUUACGCCCGUGCAUCGAUUACCGUGGUCUCAAUCAGAUCACGGUGAAGUACAGUUAUCCACUCCCGCUGAUUGCGACCAUGACUGAGUCCUUGCAUGGGGCGCGUUUCUUCACUAAAUUAGAUCUCAGGAGCGCGUACAACUUGGUGCGCAUCAGGGAGGGCGAUGAAUGGAAGACAGCCUUUAGUACCACCUCGGGCCAUUACGAGUAUCUUGUCAUGCCAUACGGGUUGAUGAACGCUCCGUCAGUUUUCCAAUCAUUCGUGGAUGAGAUCUUCAGGGACAUGCAGGGGCAGGGGGUCGUUGUGUACAUAGAUGACAUUCUCGUGUACUCGCCUACCCGUGUCGAGCAUGUGGCCCUGGUGCGCAGAGUGUUGCGGAGGCUGGUGGAGCACGACCUGUAUGUUAAGGCAGAGAAGUGUCUGUUUUUCCAGGAGUCGGUCUCCUUUUUGGGGUAUCAGUUGUCUGCGUCAGGGGUGAAGAUGGAGGUAGACCGGGUGUCAGCCGUGCGUAAUUGGCAAACACCAACCACUGUGAAGGAGGUGCAGCAGUUUUUGGGGUUUGCGAAUUACUACCGGAGGUUUAUCCGGGGUUUUGGACAGGUGGCAGCUCCCAUCACGUCUCUCUUGAAGGGGGGUCCGGUGCGUCUGCAGUGGUCUGCCGAGGCGGACAGGGCGUUUGGGAGGCUGAAGGACCUGUUUACCUCGGCUCCGGUGCUGGCGCAUCCGGAUCCCUCUUUACCAUUUCAGGUAGAGGUGGACGCGUCUGAGGCCGGUAUAGGAGCCGUGCUUUCACAACGGUCAGGCGCGCCACCUAAACUCCGCCCCUGUGCUUUUUAUUCCAAGAAGCUCAGUCCGGCGGAGCGAAACUAUGACGUAGGGGACAGGGAGCUGUUAGCCGUGGUACAGGCCCUAAAGGUGUGGAGGCACUGGCUUGAGGGGGCUCAACACCCUUUCCUCAUUUUGACGGACCACCGUAACCUGGAGUACAUCCGGGCAGCGAGGAGGCUGAACCCUCGGCAGGCUAGAUGGAAUAUGUUUUUGACCCGGUUUACAUUUAAGAUCACGUACAUCCCUGGGUCACAGAACGGUAAGGCAGAUGCGCUGUCUCGGCGGUAUGACACGGAGGAGAGGUCCGUGGAGCCCACUCCCAUACUGCCGGAGUCGUGUCUGGUGGCACCGGUAGUGUGGGAGGUCGAUGCUGAGCUCGAUUGGGCGUUACGCACCGACCCUAGUCCACCACAAUGCCCGGAGGGUCGGAAGUACGUUCCGCUCGAGGUUCGGGAUCGAUUGAUCUAUUGGGCUCACACGUCACCCUCCUCUGGACACCCGGGUAUCGGCCGGACAGUGCACUGUCUUAGUGCCAAGUACUGGUGGCCCACGUUGGCAAGGGAUGUGAGGGUUUAUGUUUCCUCCUGCUCGGUGUGCGCCCAGUGUAAGGCGCCUAGACAUCUGCCUAGGGGUAAGUUACUACCCCUGCCCGUUCCACAACGACCAUGGUCCCACCUCUCGGUGGAUUUCCUUACUGACCUUCCUCCUUCACAGGGGAAUACCACUAUACUGGUCGUUGUGGACCGGUUUUCUAAGGCCUGUCGUUUGCUCCCCAUGCCGGGCCUUCCUACCGCCCUGCAAACUGCCGAAGCCCUAUUCACCCAUGUGUUCCGGCACUACGGGGUACCCGAGGAUAUUGUGUCUGAUCGAGGUCCCCAAUAUACCUCCAGAGUCUGGAGAGCUUUUAUGGAGCGGUUGGGGGUCUCGGUGAGCCUCACCUCGAGUUACCACCCGGAGAGUAAUGGGCAGGUGGAACGUGUGAACCAGGAUGUGGGUAGGUUUCUUAGAACAUACUGCCAGGACCGGCCGGAGGAGUGGGCAAGGUACGUUCCCUGGGCCGAAAUGGCCCAGAAUUCCCUACGCCAUUCCUCCACUAACCUAACCCCUUUCCAAUGUGUGUUAGGUUACCAGCCGGUUCUGGCACCUUGGCAGCAGAGCCAGAUCGAGGCUCCUGCGGUGGAUGAGUGGGCGCGGCGCUCGGAGGAGACAUGGAACGCUGCACACGUCCACCUGCAGCGGGCCCUCCGACGUCAUAAGGCGAGCGCCGAUCUCCACCGCAGUGAGGGACCGGUGUACGCACCUGGUGAUCGAGUCUGGCUCUCUACCAGAAACCUGCCCCUCCGCCUGCCCUGUCGGAAACUGGGUCGGCGGUUUGUAGGGCCAUUUAAAGUCCUGGGAAGGUUGAACGAGGUGUGUUACAAAUUACAACUACCUGUUGAAUAUAAAAGUAUUAACCCCUCGUUCCAUGUGUCCCUUCUCAGGCCGGUGGUAGCUGGCCCACUCCAAGAAAGUGAGAUCAGGGAGACUCCUCCGCCCCCAUUGGACAUCGAGGGGGCACCGGCGUACUCCGUGAGGUCCAUCUUGGAUUCGAGACGUCGGAUGGGGGGUCUCCAAUAUCUUGUGGAGUGGGAGGGGUACGGUCCGGAGGAGCGGUGCUGGGUGCCGAGGAGAGACAUUUUGGACCCGUCUCUCCUGACGGAAUUCCAUCGUGGGCACCCGACGCACCCUGCUCCGCGUCCUCCGGGUCGUCCCCGAGGCCGGAGUCGGCGCACGUCUGGAGCCGCGCGUCAAGGGGGGGGGUACUGUCACGGUUUCGGCCGAGGCUGCCUCUCUCCCUUGUUCGGGCAGGCUUCGGCGUUCGUUGUCUCCGGAAUACUAGCUGCCACCGUUGUAUGUUUCAUGUUCGUUUGCUUUUGUCUGUUUGUUGUGACACCUGUUCUCGUUUAGCGUAAUUAGUGUCCUAUAAGUUUCUCGUUGUGUUUGUCUAGUGUUGUGUGUUAUUGAUUUUGGUCUGUCGUGUGUAGGGCUUAUGUUCGCUAUUUCGCUCGGUUGAGCUUUCCUCCACUGCGUUGGAGUGUUACGCACCUGUUAGUGCGCUUUUUGUUUAUUCGCCUUCGUGCGUAAUUUUUGCCUUCGGGCAAGUCGUGUCAUAUUUUCCUGUUUGGAGAUUGACUAAAGUCUGUUGGACUAUCCUUCGGUGUUCUGCGUUUGAUUCCACCACUACACCCACCUACAGCACGCGUGACAAUUUCAGGAAAAGUGCACUGUGUAAAGGCCUAUACUCGUUGAAACCAAUUGCAACAAUGUUGACUGUCAACACUCCAAGCAUAUUGUUGCUAUUACUCAUUACUGUAGCCUAUUGUCAAAGGCAUCAGUGAAAUGCGGUGGGCGAAGUCAAACGCAGGACACAGAGCUGAUCAGAAAACGUACUUUACUAGAAAGUAAUCUGAGAAUACACAAUCUCCACACAGGGAGGAAAUAACCCGCACACUAAAGACAGCCGAUAACAAUAACAAUCACACACAACACACAGUGUAAGACAGAGGGUUAAAUAGGGAAGACAAUACUACAUAAUGGGAAACAGGUGUAACCAAUCAAGACAGAACAAGUCGAACAUAGAAACAUAGAUCGGUAGCAGCUAGUACUCCGGUGACGACGAACGCCGAAGCCUGCCCGAGCAAGGAGGAGGGGCAGCCUCGGCUGAAUCCGUGACAUCUAUGCUAUUUUAAUAAACUGUACAAUCCACAAUGUACCAGGAAGAGAAUAUUCCGUGCCCCCGGCCGAAUUGGAGUUGAUGACAACUAAUUUACUGUCAAUAACCUACAGAACUUGAGACAACAGCAUGCAGUAUUAACCCAUGAAACGCAUUGAUUGGCCAGUGAGUGGCCAAGCCCUCGUCACACUUAUAAUUUAUUUAUUCAUCAAAACCCAGCCCUUUCGCGCCCCCGCCAGCUAUUGUGCUCAUAAUUCCUGCAGUGAAAAUAGCCAAAAUAUUUCUGACACACCCCUGGACCUGUAGCACUACUGCCAGCGCUAAGAUUUACCAUUGCGUUAGGUUUGUUAAAGUAGAGCCCAGAGAGUAGGGACUUAUUAUGUUAGUAUGAACAAAUAUGGGGAGUUAACCCUUUAUGGUACAUUGUCAUGUUAAGCCGCUUCAGCAAUUAGCCAGACAUGCAAAUGUUAUUGAUGGUGUGCAGUAUAUUGAUCAACUUACAUUUCCACAGAGACUGUCAUGUUGUUGGAUAAUAACCUUGUGUUUCUGAUUUGUCAGGGUGGUGUGAACACAGGCCUGCGUCAUGGAGGUGUCUACAUCCAAAGCCUAGUCUGUGGAGGGGCCGCUGAGCAAGAUGGCCGCAUCCAGUCAGGUACAGUAUAAUGCUGAACAAGCUCUACUCUUACAGCACCUGAAAUAAUAAUGACAUCAGAAGAACAUUAUACUGGAUUAUUGCUGCACAAAUUCAAUUUAGAUGAGAUUGAGAUGAUGAAUCGGCAGUGUGUGUGUGUGCCUGUGUGUGUGUGUGUGUGUGUGUUUGUGUGUGCGCAUCUAACAGGUGACCGACUACUGAAAGUUGAUGGAAUCAGUUUUCAAGGGUUCACAUAUCAGCAGGCUGUGGAAUGUCUGGCGAGAACAGGAAAGGUAAAGGAACAUCAGCAUCUCCGCUGCAACACCAGGGCAAGGCAACACCAUCAUAGUUUUGCUUCUGUGUUGGCCUUUAACUGAACUGUGUAUAAAAACUAUGAGUGCCAACAAACACUGACAUUUUAACAUGUGUUCUGAUUGUGUGCUGUUUGUCUUGUGCAAUGUGUAUGUACCUGUAUAUACGGUACACUCUUAGAACAAAAGGUGCUCUCUAGAACCUAAAAUAGUUAUUUGGCUGUCCCCAUAGAAGAACCCUUUGAAGAACCAUUUUUGGUUCCAGGUAGAACCCUUUUGGGUUCCAUCUAGAACCCUUUCCACAGAUGGUUCUACCUGGAACCCAAAAGGGUUCUACCGGGAACCAAAAAGGGUUCUCCUAUGGGGACAGCCGGAGAACCCUUUUGGAAGCCUUUUUUCUAAGAGAGUAAUUUAAAACUAGUUUCUGAAAGGUACAGACUAAUGAGAGGCAUAAACUGUUGUUUGUCUUUAUUUAACCGUUUCCUGUCCUACUGUAGGUGGUGACCCUGGUCCUGGAGAGGGAGAACAUGAACACCCUGCCCAGGGUGUCUCUGAGCCCAGACACAGGGUGCAGUCUAAUGGGGGGCAGCCUCUCCCCUCAGAGUUCCCACCUGGACAUCACCCAGAUGAGGAACAACAGCUGCCCUACCAUCAUCACCCCCUUCUUGGUCAGGCAUAAGGACUACAGCUUCGUGUCUGACGGUAAGGGAUAGUAUAUCAUCGACAAGGGAACUUUAGUGUAAGGGGAACACUGGUGCUUUGAGGGACUGAGCUCAGAAGCAUUGUCCGUCAUGGAGGAGGGAUUAGAAAUCAUGCUACAUCAGCCAGACGAACUGGAGAAAUCUGCUUAAACAAACUGACAAAAAUGACCAGCAGAUGGUGUAAAAAUAAGUAAGCACACCCACUGACAGGCAACUAAACCAUCUUAUCGGUAUAGUGUGAGUGAAUACAGUCGGUCUAUUAGGCUUUUGUGAGAGAGAAUGUUACCUUUGACAGCUACCCAGUCUGGAUCCACGGUCCAAGCCUCCAAGGUGAACUCUGACACACUUCAAUCCCCUAAUCCCUCCACCCUACAGGGAACACUUUGGAGGUGACCUUGAAGAAGAGGCUGAAUGGCUUGGGCUUCAGCUUCCUGGUCCCUGAGCUCAACAGCUCGAAAGGAGACUCAGGCAGUAGUCUUGUCCGGAUCAAGAAGCUUUUCCCUGGCCAGCCAGCGGAGGAGAGCGGGCGGAUCCAGGAGGGAGACGUCAUCCUGGCAGUCAAUGGAGAACCGCUGAAAGGAUUGUCCUACCAGGUAAAUAUAGACGCAGAACGGUGUGACGUAAUACGAUUGUUCAACUGUAGCUACAACUGUGAGUUAGCAUACUGUAUAUGGGGUGGGAGCAUUGGAAGACAUAGAUGUUGUGGAAAUGUAGUGUGAGAGAAAGGGUUUUUGUUUCACUCAGUGUGAUUGAUUUGUUCAAUAGUUCUGUAUCACCACUCAUUAUCUUAUGGGCUUAUAAGGCUUAUUAUACAUUGUUAUGGUCAUUUAUCCCCUGAGAUAAAUGUUUUGUUCUGUUGCAUCAAGCCAAGCCAAUAUGGCGACUUGGAUAUUAAUUUACUGUACAUUCAAUCCUAUUGUGGUGGAUCCAAGAGUACUUAGAUUCAAUGUACCUCGGUAACACAUGGAUGGGAUUAAUAAGUGAAGGUCUAAGAACACAGUGUACAAAGCUCUUCUUAGCUCUUCUCAGUGGUCUAACGGUCAGUGCUAUCCGGGAUCCUUGGGACAUCCCUACCCUAAAGGCUUACCCUAACCCUAACCCCUAAACUAAACUAACCUUAACCAUAACACUUACCUAAUCCUAACCCUUACGUAACCAUUUAACAUUUUAACUUCAAUCCAGAAUAGCAUGGACCUAACCCAUCAUUCCAUAAUUGCCUGUCUGUGGAUGUGACAGUGAGUGACAGUUCUCUCUCUGGCCUGUAGAGGGUGGUCACGCUGCUGAGAGGCUCUCCUUCUGAAGUCCGGUUGUCUCUGUGCCGUCCUGCUCCAGGUAAACACAUCUACACAUCCGGACGCAGGUUGACGUUUAUUGCCAUGAGUCUUGUCCUGGAGGCAGAUCUGAGCGAUUUCCUCUUAGAUAGGCCAGCUGCAAAGUAGAAAUAGGUUAUAUUCAUGAAAUCUAAAAUUAGCUUUUUAGUCUUCAUUUAAGGUUAGUGUUAGGCAUUAGGGUUAGCAGUGUGGUUAAGGUUAGGGUUACGGUUAAGGUUAAGGUUUAAAAUGUUAUGACUUUCUGGCUGUGCCAGCUAGUGACCACUCUGCAGAGCUGCCCCCAGAACAAGAUUCAUGACAAAAAACACUAACCUGCUAACCUUUUCCUUUCACAAAGUAAUGUCAGAAUAGCUUUAAUUCAUUUAAAUGUUAGCUUUUAUAAGACACAUUUUCAUCUUUCACACUUAAAGAAUUUGCCUUUUUAUGCAGAGGCUAUAAUAUCAAACUGCAUGUAUUUGUAUUUUUCAUUCCUUCCUCUUCCAUUUGUAUAUCUUCCAAGGAAUUCUGCCUCCCAUUGAAACGUUGCUUGGCACCUGAGUGAUGUCACACCACAGUACGUGAGCACCAAUGGAAGUUCAGAAUAUACUUCCUGAAAGACAGACAUGAGAUCUUCAGGGAGCAGGACAGGGGAAGAUCUGUCCAGAGGAGAGGGCAGGACAGGGGGAGAUGCCUGGCCCUCCCUACCCUGCAGCAGAGCCCUGGGCCUGGCCUGACGGACUACAGAACCCACCUGGAUGGUGGGUGGGUGGUCAGUACCAGCACUGCAAGACAUAUCACAAGAUACCUCAUAAUGUCAGAUUCAGUUUAAAGACUGCAAAAAUGUGCCCUGAAUAUUUAUGAAAUUAUUAUUUUCAGCAUCACUGCAUUCUAUGAGUCAGAGGUGUUGGAUGAGUCGCCCCGCAGACAAGAACCAACUGAGUCACGCUACAACAGCCAGGAUGCACUGCUGAGGUCAACUCAUGUGAGGUGA